GGUGUAUCGAUAUAAACAUGGGAAGCAUUUGAGAGACCAGUGGAUCCAGUCGCGGAUUUUGUUUUACAUUUAAAAAAAAAAGAAGAAGAAAACUCACGGAAAGUCACAGACAAGAGCAAAACAUUACUCUGAGGAGAACGUCUUCAAUUUCAACUUCAGAGAGUCAACUGCCAACUAAACACUUACCUAUCCCUUUCAGCGUGGGUUUGUAUUGUGAGAAAAUGCAAAGCCGAUAAAUGAUGGGCCCAUGCUAGCGAGGAUGCAAUGACGAUGCUCAUCAGCAAUAAAGACAUGAUCCCAACAUGAGAAGAUUAGGUUUUGCUUACCUUAUGGCCACUUUAUGAGGUCUUUGAUUUGCUUUGACCAAUCAAAAAGCACAUACCUGUCUGUGUAUCUCUGAUCCCUCCUCUACCGACCCAGCCCCCUUUAUCCCCCUCCUACAUGGUCUAUUGAUGGUCGUCUGCAACCACAUCCUGGUCCUCACCCUGUUACCACCUUUAUACCACCCCGAGUCUGUCACACAAGCACACACGUUCACGCACACACCCACACACACACACACACACACACACACACACACACACACACACACACACACAAACGCCCCUGAGCCCCUUUGUGUCUCUGGACCAGGCCUAGAGGAAUGUUGAGUGUCUCUGUUGCCUCCUCCCUGGAGAUUAGGCAUCACCAUGCGUGCCCCCCUCUCCUCCUCAUUCCAAUCCAAAGUAUGCCCCUAAGAGCUGCUGCAUUUUUAUCUGAGCCGGGUGAUUGUGACAGAUUGGCCAAAUGACACACAUACACAGACACACAUUUGUGGGCACAAACAGAGGGGAGGCCGGUCCACCCGGGGAGGGACCAGACAGCUCUGGGCUAGGGGCUAUAAAACCCUUCCAGGAUAAGGCCGGUGUCCUGCCCUGAGCUGCACUGAAACUCCUUCCUCUGUGCCAGUACGCCGUCAGGACCGGCAGCAGACAAGCCUCCAACAUGAACGACAUCUACAAAGCAGCGGUUGAGCAGCUGACAGAUGAACAGAAAAAUGAGUUCAAGGCCGCCUUCGACAUCUUCGUACAAGACGCAGAGGACGGCUGCAUCAGCACCAAGGAGCUGGGGAAGGUGAUGAGGAUGCUGGGCCAGAACCCCACACCCGAGGAGCUGCAAGAGAUGAUCGACGAGGUGGACGAGGACGGAAGCGGCACGGUGGACUUUGACGAGUUCCUUGUCAUGAUGGUGAGGUGCAUGAAGGACGACAGCAAAGGAAAGUCUGAGGAGGAACUGGCGGAGCUGUUUCGCAUGUUUGACAAGAAUGCAGAUGGUUACAUCGACCUGGAGGAGCUGAAAACAAUGCUGGAGUCUACAGGAGAGGCGAUAACUGAGGACGACAUCGAGGAGCUGAUGAAGGACGGAGACAAGAACAAUGACGGCAAAAUUGACUAUGAUGAGUUCUUGGAGUUCAUGAAAGGAGUGGAGUAAUCCUGAAUGAAAGAAGAUCCAGAGUUAUUUUUGUAUUUCUUUGUGGAAAACCAGAAGCAGACUUGAAUAAAAACAUUAGAGCGACUUUGCAAGAUUCAGUCAAAUACUGUAGCUGAAUAUUUCUGUAUUUUUCCACCAACUCUUGCAUUGUUGUAAAUACAGUUUGUAACUACUUUUAGUGCCUGAUGUAUAUUGAUUUUGUGUAAAUGUAUCCAAAAUACUUUAGAGGCCAUAUAGUAUAACAGUUUGCCUGCGGGAGUUAAGAAACUUUAUGUUUUUGUUCAGACUCAAUCUUAUCUCUGAGGAGCCAGAGACUCCAACAAGCCUCCUGAGAGGCUGACAUUGUUUGUGCAGAAAAUGUGUGUGUGUGUGUGUGUGUGUGUGUGUGUGUGUGUGUGUGUGUGUGUGUGUGUGUGUGUGCACAAAGCACAACAAAAUCAUGAAUCUAAAAACUGUAAAGCUUUGAUAGGAUUAUACUUUUAAUGGAAUGCACUGCAACCAGACAGCAUACUGUACACGUUCUGCAUACAUGUGCGUGUUUAAAAUCCUCUCAGGACUCUGCUCCCCUCUUAUGUCCCUGGGGACAUUUUAUUCCUACAUGAAAAGUCUGCUUGGAACGUAAUAAACAGGAGGCAUUUGUCA